AUGUUUCCAGGAAUAAAUCAACAUAGGGCAAGCUAUCAGGAAAGUGAAAUAUAUACUGGAGGUUCAGCACAACUUGUACUUUACCUGCUUUAUAGUCAAGGGCACAACAACCUUCUUAAGGAUGAAUCAACUGGGUAUUUCAGCAAAUUUAUAAAAAAGAUCAAUGAAAUAUUUAGCACUCAGAAAGACAUACUCGAUGUAAUCUUCAAACUUGCCGAGGCUGACCUAUGGGAUGUAAGUGUUGUCCGAUUUCUGCAGCUAAACAUCGAACCCCUGCAAGCCGAGUUGCUGAAAGAAGAACUCAAGAAAUAUUCAACGACUGUAGACGCUGAAUGGAGCAAAAGACACCCCGAUGUGCCCAUUAGUGCUAUUCUCUAUCUUACCACGCAGCAAAUAAUGAACGAAACAGGACGUUCUCAACCCGGCAUCAAUGGAAGAAUCGGAGGAAUUUGUCUGGCCGGAGAGAAAGUAGCUGCAGUGACAGAUGACGGCAACUUCACCGGCGUUAGGGACGCUGCUAUUCAGCUAUCGGUUCUCAUGGGUGCUGUGUAUGACGGCGAGAGUCCUCCGAGUUCUGAGUUCGUGAUCGGAGGUGACGGUGCACAGGAGUGUGACCCUAAGGAUGGAUUUCUCAUGGGCGAAUGGAAUGAUUAUCAGAAAAGCUUCAACUUAUCUGAAUGUACUCCAUACCAGGCCGUAAUGGGUCUAAGGCAGCGUGGAACUAUAUGUUACGGAACUCCAGAAGAAAAGAAAAAGCUGCUCGAAACUACAAUGUAA